AUGAGAUUGAUAAUCGUGGCUUUGUGCUGCGUCCUCGCAACGACUUGGGCCAAAUCAACAUACACAAACAAAUAUGAUAAUAUAAAUGUUGAUGAGAUUCUUGAAUCCGACCGCCUAUUGAAAGGUUAUAUUGAUUGUCUGAUGGACAGAAGCCGCUGUCCACCAGACGCAAAGACCCUCAAAGAAACUCUUCCUGAUGCUUUAGAGAACGAGUGUAAAAAAUGUACAGAGAAACAGAAGACAAACGCUGACAAAGUUGUCAAAUAUCUGGUCAAUAAGAGGCCGAACUUGUGGAAAGAGUUGGCCACAAAGUAUGACCCUAACAAUUUGUACCAAGAAAGAUACAAGGAUAAAAUUGAUGCUGUUAAGAAUUAA